CACUUUUGUUUCCAUAACUACUCCACAAGUCAUUAUUAAUUCCGGACGUGAUCUGUUCGAAAAUUGCAAUCGAAAUCAGCAUGGGAUUGCUUUACAUAUACGUAUUGAUUCCCAUCUCUGGUAUCCUUAAUUGAACACAGAACAGCACCCAUUCUCGAUAAUAUAUAUAUAUAUAUAUAUAUAUAUAUAUAUCAACUAAAAAUUUAAAUUACAGAGCAAGUUUCGACUACUGCCUGGGUUUUGCGAAUCUAACGAGUAGAGAAUGAGAGGUCCACGUAAACUUGAGGUGUGGAAAAUGGGUGUUGUCAACUACUUGGAUGCACUUAAGCUGCAAGAGAAGCUGGUCUCUGAUAGAAAAAUUUGUAAGAUUCCAGAUACUGUCCUGUCCCUGCAGCAUCCACCAACAUAUACAGUUGGAAAACGGCAAACUGAUCACAAUUUGUUAAUACCUAUGUCUGAAUUGAAAAAUAUAGGAGCUGAGCUUCAUUAUACACAAAGGGGAGGAGACAUUACGUUUCAUGGUCCCCGUCAAGCCAUCUUAUAUCCUGUUAUUGCUCUCCGUGAAAUUGGGUUUGGUGCUAGGAAUUAUGUGGAGAAACUUGAGUCAACUAUGAUUGAACUUGCAUCUUUGUAUGGUGUGAAAGCUUGUUCUGGCCAAAAGGGUGAGACGGGGGUUUGGGUUGAAGAUAGAAAGAUUGGUGCAAUUGGUGUCCGGAUAUCAUAUGGAAUAACCUCGCAUGGGCUGGCAUUCAACAUUGAUCCGGAUUUGAAAUACUUUAAACAUAUUGUGCCUUGUGGGAUUGCAAAUAAAGAAGUUACGUCUUUGAGAAGGGAGACUGUUACUGAGCUUCCUGCUGAAGAAAUCAUUCAUGAGCAAUUAAUUUCUUGUUUUGCAAGACUUUUUGGUUAUAGUACUAUCACAUGGAAGGAGAAUCCUUUGAUAUUGUCUGAUAAUGAAGAAAUAGAGUGAAUCCAAUUUAGAGAUCCUCAUUGAUGUUGGACUCUGGACAGCUAGAAGAUAUUGGCAAAGUUGAAUGAUGUCUAAACUGUCAUCCAAUCCAGGUAUAAAGUGGGUGACAUGCUUUAGGAUACCUCAAACUUUUUAUUUUCAUAAAUGGAUGGAUAGGUCUGCUUAAAGGGUGAAUUUACUUUUCCUGAGCUUUGGAGCAUUACCCAUGUUUUAUCUUUUGGCCAACGGAAGGAUAACCGAAAAUCCAAAUCCAGCCAUAGUAUUCGGGUUUGGAUCACUUUGAAUGUUUUUGGUGUUAUCAGUUCCAUUUCAGUUCAGGUUGUUAUGGAAUAUAUUUUGUUUAUUUUUCUAUUUUGACUUAGAGAAAUUUAAAAAUCCAA